AUGGCUACCCCUAGUGUCCUAGCUUUUGACGCUGAGGGUCGCGCCAUUGAUUUUGAGGUCUGGUUAGACGACCUGCAGCUGUUCUUACAGUGCGACAGGGCUGAUGACCUUUCUCUCUUUGACCUCACCUCUGGCGCCUCUCCUGCUCCUGCUGCUGAUGCUGAUCCCACUGUCCGCUCUCAGUGGGCCACCCGCGAUGCUGCUGCACGUCUUGCUGUGCGUCGCCACCUCCCUACCUCUGAGCUGACACUCGCUACCCGCGCCGCCCUUCCUGCUGAGUUCUGCGCUAAGAACCCACCUCCCAUGUACAUCGCUCUCUACUACGUAGUCGCGCGCCUCCCUGACUCCCUUCGCGUCGUCAGGGACCACUUUCUCGCAGUCUGUCCCACCACCCUCACCGUCGACCUCCUCGAGAAGGCCCUCCUCGCAGCGGAGAAGAGCAUAGUCGCUGUAGGUGCUUCUCGUGGUGACCCUCGCACCCCCAUCUUUGAGGGGUGCUCUCCUUCCCCCUUGCUGCCCUCUGUUGCCUCUGCUGCUGCUGCCGACCUGCUUGGUCUUGAGUCGGUCGGCGCGGCGUCUACCCCUGGUGGGAGACGUCGCUCCAGCAAGGGCAAGGGGGGCAAGGGUGCGGGUGGAGCUGGAGGGGGCGGUGGCGGUGGCGGCGGUGGCGGCGGAGGGAGUGGGGGUGGCGGCGGGACUAGUAGCGGGGGUGGUGGUGGUGGUGGCAGCAGCGGCGGAGACGGUGGUGGUGGUGCCAGCGGUGGUGGUGGAGGCAGCGGCGGAGGUGGAGGCGGCGGAGGUGGAGGCGGUGGAGGCGGCAGCGGAGGAGGCAGUGGUGGUGGAGGAGGUGGAGCUGGUCGGGGUGGUACCCAGCAGCGUCGCGGCGGUGGUGGUGGCCAGCGCUCGCAGCGGCAGCAGCAGCAGCGCUCGCGGGACAUCCCUCCGCCUCAGCAGCUUCGAGAGUGGUACGCUGGGCGUCAGAGGGGUGGGGGUACUGGUCCCUGCACCUACGUUCUUCGUUCCGGCGACCACGCGGGUGAGCAGUGUGGGGGUGCCCACGCCACCCAGCGCUGCUUUGGCCGCCUGACGGACGCUUGGCGUCAGCAGUUCCCUGGGGCUAGUGAGAUCCCUCGCUGGGAUGAGCUUCUCAGGGCUGGUGUAGCGAUCUUUGAUCUUGAUUUUGAUGCUAUCCUUGCUGCUAUGUAUGCUGUGGAUUAUAGUGAGGAGAAUGAGGGUUACCGGUGUUUCCAGCCGGACCCGGGCAUUGGUACUGCUGCGCUAGGUGCUUGUGAGGCUACUGCUCUAGGUGCCAUUGCAUCUGCGCUCUCAGGGGCUUCUCGCUCCUUCUUUCGAGACCGCACUACCCUUACGCCGCUUGGCCGGCCGGUUGCGGUCUCCCUUGCUGACCCCUCUGGGGGUCCUGUCCUGUCUCACUUCUCCACUGUCCUCCCGUGUCCGGCUGCCCCUUCGGGCACCCUGUCUGGUCUGUACCUUCCCUCGUUCUCUACGAACUUGGUGAGUGGUGCAGCCCUGCAGGAUGCGGGGGUUCACCAGUUCACUCCUGCGAGUCAGCGGGUGACCCACUGCACGGACGCACGCACAGGCCGACACCUGGCCACCUUCUCGCGUCGGCCAGGGUCGAGUCUCUACACCCUGACCACUUCGUCUCCUCCUGUCCCUGCGUCCGGUCGGGUAGCUGCGUCAGGUCAGGUGUUUGCUGCUGCGUCCCGGUCAGGUCCUGAGUCUGCCCCCUGUUCCUGUCGUCUCCUGUCUCACGAGACUCUCCUGUGGCACCACCGUCUUGGCCACCCCUCCUUGCCCCGUCUUCGGAGCAUGGCUUCCCGUGUCCUUGUCUCUGGUCUUCCCCAGUCUCUCCCUCCUCUCCCCUCCGGGCCAGGACCUUCCUGUGUCCCCUGUGUCGAGGGUCGCCUCCGGGCUACUCCUCACUCCUCCCACUUCCCCCCGACAGAGGCUCCCCUGCAGACGCUUCACAUGGAUGUGUGGGGCCCAGCCCCCGUCCGUGGGCAGGGCUACGAGCGCUACUUCCUGUUGGUGGUUGACGACUACUCGCGUUACACCACAGUCCUCCCCUUGCGCAGCAAGGGUGCGGUCACUGAGGUGCUGAUCGACUGGAUCCGCGAGGCUCGUCUCCAGCUCAGGCAGAGCUUCGGCUCGGACUUUCCUGUUCUGCGUCUGCACUCGGACAGAGGCGGAGAGUUCUCUUCUCGCCUUCUGCGGGACUACUGUCGUGCACGGGGGAUUCGCCAGACCUUCACGCUUCCGGACUCACCACAGCAAAAUGGGAUUGCUGAGCGCCGCAUUGGCAUGGUCAUGGAUGUCGCUCGUACGUCCAUGAUGCAUGCGGCUGCCCCCCAUUUUCUGUGGCCGUUUGCGGUUGGCGAUGCGUCUGUGUUCCGUGUCUGGGGAUCUCGGGCGUUUGUCCGCGACUUGUCUGCGGACAAGCUGUCCCCUCGUGCUGCUCCCUGUGUCUUCCUUGGCUUCCCCACUGACGCCCCAGGGUGGCAGUUUUACCACCCCUCCUCUCGUCGUGUUCUGUCCUCCCAGGACGUCACGUUCGACGAGUCAGUCCCCUUCUACCGUCUCUUCCCCUACCGCACUCCUUCCCUCCCCCCUCCCCCGGACUUCCUUGUGCCGGUUCCCCCCCCGGUAGACCCCCUCCCCCCUCAGGUUCCUGCCCCCUCAGGUGUGUCCCAGGUAGACGCUGUUGACCCGGUCGAGGUUAGUGGUGACUCUGGUGCUGCUGCGGGUGCUGAGCCUGGGGGUGCUGACUCUGGGGGUGCUGUGCGCGGGGGUGCUGAGCCUGGGGGUGCUACUGCUGGGGGUGCUGGGCCUGGGGGUGCUCCUUCGGAGGGUGCGGAGCCUGGGGGUGCUGAGUCGGGGGGUGCUGUGCCUGGAGGUGCUGGGUCUGGGGGUGCUGGGUCGGGAGCUGCUGAGCCUGGGGGUGCUGAGCUGGGAGCUGCUGAGCCUGGGGGUGCUGCGUCUGGAGCUGCUGAGCCUGGGGUUUCUCCAGCUGCUGCGUCUCGCCGGGAGCCCCUCUCUCCACAGGAGUUGCGUGAGUGGUUUGCUCGCCGCUGGAGGCGUGCUGCUGAGUCUGGAGGUGCUGCUGGAGCUGGAGCUGGAGCUUCUUCGACCGUCGAGGGUGCGGGUGCUGCCGGUCCCGGAGCUGCUGAACCUGCGGGUCCUCCUGGAACUGGAGCUGCUGAGGGCGUUGGUGCUGAGCCUACUGCUGUUGGUCCUGCCGCUGGAGGUGUGGGUGGCGCUGGUGCUGUCGCUGAGGGUGCUGGUGCUGUCCCUGCUGAGUCUGGAGCUGCCGCGCGGCCUCGGCCGUACUUCGUUCCGCUCCUGCGGCAGGUUCUUGGUCUUUAUCCUCCAGUAGAGGGUCCACCGCCUGUCCAGUCGCAGUCCCUGCUGGAGCCUUCCUCUCCACUGCCUGCUCCCUCUCCUUACACUGGUCCUACUGGAGGUCUUGCUGAGCGUCGUGAGCCUGCGUCUCGUCCCGCGUUGCCUGUUCGUGCUGCUCGCGCUAGUGGUCGCAGUUCGCGUCAGCGUCCUCCUCCUGUCCCUGGCACGCACCGGAUGUCUUUGCGUCCGUCCACUGCUCCUCUGCGCGCCCCUUUGCCUUCUCCUCCUGAGUCCUCUCUUCCUGCGCUUGCCGACCCUGAGUCGGACUCUCUUCGUGCUGCCAGUCCUACUGUCACGCGCCUGCUUGCUACUGUCGUCACUGACCCCUCUUUUGAGUCCACUGCUGCGUCUGCUCUAGUCGCUGAGCUCGUCGACUUUGCUGCUCGCUGUCGUCUCGACUACGCUGCUAGUCUUGUUGCUGAGUCUGCGUCUGUCUGUCCUCCGUCCGUCGGGGGUGAGUGUGCUCUUGGCACGGACGUCCUAGAGGACAGGCAGGAGGAGUUACAGUGUCUAGUGGCUGCUUCACCUCAUCUCGCGUCUGUACUGCUUGCCCCUGAGGGAGACCCGGAUGCACUAGACAUCCCGACUCCGCGUUCUUACGCGGAGGCCGUAGAGGGUCCCUACUCCUCUCAGUGGCAGGCAGCUAUGGAUGCAGAGAUGGCUUCCUGGAAGUCCACAGGCACCUACGUUGACGCGGUUCCCCCUCCUGGGGCGAACAUCGUCAGUGGCAUGUGGAUCUUCAGGGUGAAGCGGCCGCCGGGCUCUCCACCUGUCUUCAAGGCACGGUACGUUGCUCGUGGCUUCAGUCAGCGGCAAGGAGUUGACUACUUCCAGACCUUCUCUCCCACCCCGAAGAUGACUACUCUUCGGGUGCUGCUGCACAUAGCCGCUCAGCGCGACUACGAGCUUCACUCUCUCGACUUCAGCACUGCGUUCUUGCAGGGUAGCCUGCACGAGGAGAUCUGGCUUCGCCGUCCACCUGGCUUCACUGGGACUUUCCCUCCUGGCACCCAGUGGAGCCUCGUACGGCCAGUCUACGGUCUCCGCCAGGCACCGCGUGAGUGGCACGACACACUGAGGACUACGCUUGCGGCUCUUGGGUUUGCUCCUUCUUCUGCUGACCCGUCGCUGUUUCUUCGCACCGACACUUCCCUGCCGCCGUUCUACAUCCUCGUGUACGUCGACGACUUGGUCUUUGCCACAGCGGACACUGCUGGACUCGCCUACGUGAAGUCCGAGCUGCUGAAGAGACACACGUGCACAGACCUGGGUGAACUGCGCAGCUACCUUGGCUUGCAGAUCACUCGGGACAGAGCACGCCGCACCAUUAUCUUGACUCAGUCACACAUGGUGCAGCAGGUCCUUCAGCGCUUCGGCUUCACGUACUCCUCGCCUCAGGCCACUCCUCUGCCUACUCGCCACUCACUCUCAGCUCUGCCUUCGGAUGAGUCCGUAGAGUCGAGUGGUCCGUAUGCGGAGCUUGUUGGCUGCCUCAUGUACCUGAUGACCUGCACACGACCUGACCUUGCAUACCCUCUGAGCAUUCUUGCACGCUAUGUUGCUCCUGGGAGACACAGACCGGAGCACAUGGCUGCAGCGAAGAGGGUAUUGCGCUACCUGUGCAGUACGUCGGGCUUGGGGCUAGUGCUUGGAGGGCGGAGUCCAGUGGUCCUUACCGGCCACGCGUACGCUUCUUGGGCUGACGACCAGACUACGCAGCGGUCGUCACAGGGUUACACCUUCAGCCUUGGUUCCGGCUCUGUCUUGUGGCGGUCUACUCGCUCGUCCUCUGUUCUCAGCUCCAGUUGUGAGGCUGAGAUCUACGUCGGGGCCAUGGCUGCACAGGAGCUUCGCUGGCUCACCUACCUGCUGACUGACCUUGGAGAGCCGCCUCGUUCUCCUCCAGUGCUGUACGUAGACAACAAGGCCAUGCUGGCCUUGUGUCGAGAGCAGCGCUUGGAGCACAGAACGAAGCACAUUGCUCUUCGCUACUUCCUUGCUCGUGAGCUGCAGCAGCGUGGUCAGUUGCGACUUGCGUACGUGGCCUCUGAGGCCAACACUGCUGAUGUGUUCACCAAGGCACUCGCGCCUUGUGACCAUCAGCGCUUUUGCACCCAGCUGGGUCUUGUGCCUGUCUUGCCUCACUUGCUCUCCUCUUGA